CUCAUACUAUGGACAGCACAAUAGGAAGCAUGUUCACGUUUUGCCGGAGAAGGGUAUAGACUCUUCGCAAGCACUUCAUUUUAGUAGCAGAUGUUGUUGAGAGGAGAGCAGAAUUGAAUGUCAAGGGCAAUUCGUUUUGUGUCCUGACAGAACAUUCUUGUCGCUUUGGGUUACUACCUAACAAUGUGCGGUUGUUUAUGCGCAAUUUUUCCUUUAUUCGUUGGGAAAGUUAUCGCUUCACGUCGUCACUCUCUCCCGGUAGCCAACAAAACGUCAGGCAAGCCGGCGGCGUCGAAAGUGGAGCUGCACUCUGACGGAGCCACAGCCGAAGCGACAGACCAGCAGCACAAUGGUAGUGAAGAAAUUGGGACGUCUGCCGCCUACUUCGGACAGAAAAGUCCAAACAUGGGGGCGUUGUUGACAACCUGGGGUCCUCGCGUGGCAAGCAGAACAAGACAGCACAGUGGCGCAGAAGAGCGCACUAGAAUGACAUCGGAUGACUGGAAGAGGUACAAGAACAAGGAUCGCAGUGAAGUUGUUUCUAGUGCAAGUGCCGUCCGAGAUGCCAACUUCAAUGAGAUGAAAACGAAAACGAGGCACGUGAGUGGUGGUAAGGGCGGAAAGCAAACGGAAGCGCUGCAAAUGCGAUCGAACGUGCUGAGAGGCAAGCACGACCCACGAUACCGUGGAACGCCUCAACAACGUACUGAUGAAACAGAACGACAACCUUCUAAUCUCGAACAUUCGCACACGUACCUGGACCGACAUCUUCGAACUGCGAACGAGGGUAGUACUAGCACCCGUGGCGGUUGGCAAAGAGCAAGCACGUCGCAACAACAGGGGCGGGCCAAGAUUAUGCGGCGAGUACCGCCUUCGAGAGGAGAAGAGACGACUGCACGCGAAAACGCGCAGCAUGGAAUCGCACAAACGAAUGUAAGAGCGCUGUUCUCAUCGCAAGAGCGACAACUGGGCCACGAUGUCGUGGAUGGAGAGCGUGUCGCGAACAAGACAAAUAGCAGUAAUGUGACCACAGAAGCGCCGCAGCAGGCCAGCACCGCCGAGGAGGAGGCGGAGUCCAGCAUGACCACGCAAGACUACGCGAAGUACGGCGCCGGUGGGCUUUUGGGGCUCAUUGUGCUCAAAUUCUUGUUUGGGGAGGGUGGGAUCUUUGAACUACCCUUCUUUCGAACGAAACACGUAUACGCCGACACGGAGUCCGAAGCGUCAUCCCGUAUGUGGGAUACCGGUAAGGAAGGAGAGAAGGGCUUUUAUCCAGUGGACGAAGACAAGAACAAUACUGCAGAAGUCGUUGCGUUCUAGAAUAAAACUACUUAUCCGACACUGCAAGAAUACUGGGCUAGCUUGAAGUUUAAGAAAAGAAUGAUUCGUCCCCAGAGCGUGCGUGUCAGAAGGAGCGAAAGUCCCAAAACCCGGCAAGGUUUUUGAUGUUUAAGAAAGUGUACAGGAUGCCUAUUAUUUUUAUUGUUAUUCAUUGUACGCCACACUCCCGCUAUUGAUUCUGGUAAGAGGCCAGCGCCGCCGCCGCCCGCCGCCGCACGAGAAAAAGAAGUUCGUCAUGAACUUGGGCAAAAAAAAAACCUGGCUCAAGCCGCAGGAGUUUGUAAGCGCUGCACCCAUGCCCGCCGAGCUAGAGAGCCGCCCCAUGGGGUUAGCGGAGAAGUUCAGCGGGUCCCUAGCGUAAGAAAUUAUGACUUAGGUUUGUAUGUAGUGAGGCCACGAACGUUCUAUUCUAGCGGCUUUUUUGCCAUGGUUCACGCAAAACGAGCGGCAGUUUUCAAGCAGCCGGAAGAGUUUUGUGACAUAAAAACUUUCCAAUUAUCGAGCCGCUUUGGCUGUGUCGGCACCGAAUCGCCAGAGGAUUCUAUCGGUCGCCACUUGGUAAAACGACGCAGAGGAGCCGGCAAAGGUGGCGCCCUUCUGAGGGUCCCACCGCCUUGGUUUCUGGCGGUUUGGGGCGCCCAGAAAGGAGCGCCGAAAAAAAACCGCAAUAUAUACGAAAACCGCGAAUCCGCAUGCUAUGGGCCUCAUUUUGGCCCACUUUUCGAGGUCGCAAAGCCGGCCACCAAAAUCGGGCAUUUUGAAGGCGGGCAGCAAGCCAAAAGGUGCCACUUUUCAACAAAAAAAAACAAACAGCGGAAAGCUCGCCAAAAGCUGAAAGCAAACCCGCAUGGUCUGGGCCCGAUUUUGGGGGCCAAUGGGGCGGGGCUUGGGGAGGGCCCUGGGGUGGCCAUGCAUGCGAGAAAGCGUUGCUUCUCUGGAGGCAGCAGGGAUGCGACUUUGCCACAAAAAAACCAAAGAACGCAGAUGCCGCCGAAAGCAGCAAGCCAAUCCGCAUGCUAUGGGCCUGAUUUGGGGCGCCCAAGGGGCCGACCCUCGUGGAGGCCCUAGCGGGGCCAUGGCAUGCGGGGAGGGCCUUCGGACUUUGCAGACAGGAAGCGGGCGGCUUGUGGCCGUGAUAUGUACCGCCCCCGACACCAUGCAAGGCAACGCUUUAUUGGGGGCGGACAGUCAAAAAAGCCGCUGUGAUCUCACUACCCCCGCGGGCGCGGCUAUUAUUGGUAUGCUGCAGUAACUAAGCAACUCCGCGCCCGCCUAGAAGCGAGCGCAAGCGCUGGCUUUGCAGACAACGCAGGCGCGCACCGUGGCGCGCCGUUUCUGCUGCAAACACACGGCGCGCCAGGGCGUGGCCCCACGUACCUUAGUUAGCCGCCCUCCCCGCCCGUUGUCGAAGGUCUGCCAGCAGUCUUGCCAGCCCCGCGUCCGGUCGCGUGCCAGACGCCGCUGGCAGCGGGCGCCCGGUUGCUUACGGCCUGGCUGCAAGAAAGUGCGCGCCCCCUUUGCUCGCCGCGCAGAGAAGCCCUGACUUUCCGGCCGUCCGCAGGUGGAAGCUGCGGCCCCCCCGGCCACCCGGUGCCCCGCCCAGUGCGUAGCAGCUACCGGCCGCACCCCGCGCCGCAUCGCGCCGGCCCGGCCUCUCCGCACUCGUUGCGCGCGUGUACUACGCGACACGGCGCCCGUCGUAUGCGAUGCAUGGCGCGAAGGCGUCACGUGUGGCGCGUUACGCGUCCACACGCAUUGCGCGUUUUGGAAAUGCCGACUCUUGUCGACUGCCCCCAUUGGUUUUCGUCGUAUUGUUGCCGGUUAUAGUACGUGUCUAGUAUUAGUGGAGGGUGUGGGCGCAGCUUGGUUUUCGUGUGUGGUGGUGGUCGGCGUUGCUGGACGUGUGGGUCUCACUUUACUGCAAAAAUUUUGGCUGUGGAUGUGGUCGAAUUCGAGAAUAACGAGAAGCAUAUUUUUUAUUACGCGCACAGGAAUAAGAAGUCACAGGCUAAGGCUUUACCUUUGUCAGCAGCACUAGCAAUGGCGCCAUACCUCUACGAGCUGACUUUUUCAGCGUCCCGCAGCCAGAGUGAUUUUUCUUGAAAUAGCACUAAAGCAAAGAGGUGAGCUGACGCGCUUCCACCUUCGCGCACGAACGCAAAUGAGCAACCUCACAAGACCUCACAGACGAAACUUCGCACAUAGGCAAUUUGUGUCCGCGACAUCAAAUUUAUUUGAAUCUUGCCAGGCAGCCCCAUCUCGGGUUCCCGCAUGGAUGUUGUUGAACCUUGACACGGUUCUUGUGAUGUAUUCUAUUGAAGACACUUGUCAGAAAGAUAUUUCACCACUGCUGGCAUUGGUCGCGACUACAUGUGCGCGGGCUUAGCUGUCACAGCUUUGGGUGAUUGGGCGACGCGAGACCAGC